UUUAAGUCCUGCUUUCUCUCUCUCUCUCUCUCUCUCUCUGCUGUCCAAGCUAAACUUUGCAUCUUCAAUGGCUCAAAUUACGCUUAUUGCUCCAGCAACUGUCGUAGCUAUUACUGGUAGGGGGAAGCAAGUGAGGGAACUUUCUGCUGCAAGAUUUAAAGUCAUGAGGUCACCGUCAUUCCUUCGGAUCGAAAGGCUUCCAUUGUUAGGUUCAUCAAAAUCAUCAUGUGGUGAUAGAAGUAGAAGUGCUGUGGUGAAGGUUUCUGAAGGAGGAGCAAUCUCUCUCAAUCAUGCUUGGCCAAUUGAAAAGGGUUCCCAAGAUCAAAUUGAAGAAACAACAAGUCAAAGAAUGAAGGGUUCGAGUCGUUUUUCUACGAUUGGGCUUGUGGCUUCGUGGUACUCCUCCAACAUUGGGGUGCUGCUGCUGAACAAGUACUUGCUCAGCAACUAUGGGUUCAAGUACCCGAUCUUUCUCACCAUGUGCCACAUGACAGCGUGUUCAUUGCUCAGUUACGUUGCCAUAGCAUGGAUGAAGGUGGUGCCAAUGCAAACCAUUCGAUCUCGGGUUCAGUUCUUCAAGAUCUCUGCUCUCAGCCUCAUAUUCUGUGUCUCCGUAGUCUUUGGGAACAUCUCGCUUCGUUUCCUCCCUGUGUCGUUUAACCAAGCCAUUGGAGCCACAACGCCCUUCUUCACUGCCGUUUUUGCUUACCUUAUGACCUUCAAGAGAGAGGCUUGGCUCACUUAUCUCACCCUUGUUCCUGUUGUUACUGGGGUUGUCAUUGCCAGUGGGGGUGAACCGAGUUUCCAUUUAUUUGGAUUCAUAAUAUGUGUUGCGGCUACAGCUGCAAGGGCCCUGAAAUCAGUGCUUCAAGGAAUUUUACUUUCUUCUGAAGGAGAGAAGCUGAAUUCUAUGAACCUUCUCCUUUACAUGGCUCCAAUGGCUGUGGUUUUCCUUCUUCCUGCCACACUUUUAAUGGAAGAAAACGUGGUUGGCAUCACGUUGGCUCUUGCAAGAGAUGAUUCCAAGAUAAUUUGGUAUCUGCUGUUUAAUUCGGCGCUUGCGUAUUUUGUCAACCUGACCAAUUUUUUGGUCACGAAACAUACCAGUGCUCUGACCCUUCAGGUACUAGGGAAUGCUAAAGGGGCUGUGGCUGUAGUAGUUUCAAUUCUAAUUUUUAAAAACCCAGUGUCUGUCACUGGAAUGCUUGGUUACACGCUCACAGUCUCAGGAGUGGUACUUUACAGUGAAGCCAAAAAGCGAAGCAAGUGAUCUUGGGAAGUCGCAUUGAACUUGCAAUAUUUUGAUUUCGAUACUGCACAGACAACCUCACGAUUCCGUAAGACAUUUGUUUAGCAUGCUAGUUAAUCAGAAUCUGGAGUUAUCUGACUACAUACAAUUUUUUCCCCCACACACGUAAAGCCUCAUUCAACGGGUUCCUCAUUGUAUUGAAAUGCAGAAAUAGCUCACAGUACAGAAGUUGCAAUAAUUCUCUACUUCACCUAAGUUGGGAUGAUUGAUUAAAUAUGUUUUUGUCAUUUAUUUUGAGGAAAGAGUUGUAAAAUUGGAUUAUCUACUCAUCUAUUAUGAACACUACUUACAUUUGUUUAUUAAUGAUAAAAUUCAUAUUUUUGCCCAUA